AUGUUCUCUCUUCUGUUGGCUUGCGUUGCCAUUCCUCUCGCUCUCGCAGCCCCCACUAGAUCCUCCAACACCACUCUGGAGGACUCGUUCGAUUAUGUUAUUGCCGGCGGUGGCUUGACUGGUCUAACUGUUGCAAGCCGACUCUCGGAGAACCCUUCCAUCAGGGUGCUUGUCAUCGAAGGUGGUCAAGACAGCCACAACGACCCCCGAGUCUAUGAUGUCCGAACCUACGGCCAAGCGUUCGAGUCCGACCUUGAUUACAACAUGACUUCCACGCCCAUCUCAUGGAGAAACGGCACACAGCUUCCCAUGGCUGCCGGCAAGACUCUUGGAGGUUCAGGCAGCAUCAAUGGUGCUAGUUGGACCAAGGGACCCAAGACACAGUAUGAUCUUCUUCCUCUUCUCAUUGGCGACGAGUCAUGGGGCUGGGACGGCUUGAAUCAAUACAUGCUCGGUGCCGAACAAUUCUAUGCCCCUUCCAAUGAGCUCAAGUCCAAGGGCGCCGACUUUGACGGCCACAAGCACGGUUUCAGCGGUCCCGUCAAGGUCUCUUUCGCUCAGGGGAUGUUCGGCGGCAUCAAUCAGCCCGCUCUCAACGCUUCCGAGCAGGUCUGGGGGCUUGAGCAUGUCGAUGAUGUGGCUUCUGGUAUCGUGAACGGCGCAACCAUCAUCCCUAAUAUGGUACAGCCCGAUGUCAGUCAGAACAGAUCUUCCCCCUACACUGCAUACAUCAUCGGCGAACCUCAGUCUCGCGACAACCUCGUCAUCUUGACCGGACACCGUGCUGUCGAGAUCCGUUGGAACAACACUUGCACACAAGAAGAGCCUGAAUGUGUGCUUACUGCUGACGGCGUAUACUACCAAGCUUCUCGCGAGAGCGAGAGACUGUUCGUCAAAGCAAGUCGCGAAGUUCUCCUGGCUGCCGGCUCUAUGCAAAGCCCUCAACUCCUUGAGCUCUCCGGUAUCGGCGACCCUGCAGUCUUGAACAAGGCUGGUGUUUCAGUCAAGAAGUCUCUCAUGGGUGUUGGCAAGAACCUUCAGGAGCAGACCAAGAACACGGUCACAUACACACCAAAGUCCAACGACUUCGAAGGCUCCGGUCCAUCAUCCGCCAUCGCGUUCCCCAACGUGCACCAGCUCCUUGGCAAUGCAUCCUCCACCGUCCACGCAGAAACUCUUGCCGGCCUCGCCGAAUACGCAGCCCAACUUGAAGCCCAAGGUCUCGUCGCCAGCGCCAAUGCGACUCACCGAGUCCUGCACUACCAAGUCGAAAACCUGUUCAACAACAGCGAAGCCGCAGCCGAGAUCUUCUUCACCCAAGCGCUAGCCACCGAAACCAGUGCAGCGACUGUUGGCGCAGAUCUUUGGAACCUGAUUGUACUCGCCAGAGGCACAAUCCACAUCUCCAGCAACGAUUCUUUCGACUUGCCGACUGUUGAGCCAUCAUACUUUGGACAUCCUCUGGACUUGAAGCUGCAAACAUUGGCUACGAAGCAAGCACAUGAGGUUUACAACACUGCACCUCUUGCUGAGAUGGUCAGUGAUGUCACUCUGCCUGCUGAGGUGCCUAGCGACUAUGCGGGCUGGGAGACAUUUGUCAAGGAUACGUUCACCUCUGUCUGGCACCCUAUCGCAACGUUGAGUAUGAUGAAGGAGGAGUUCGGUGGUGUAGUCGACAACAAGCUGAAGGUGUAUGGUAUCAGCAACGUCAGAUGUGUUGAUGCGAGUGUGUUGCCUGUGCAAUUGUCUGCGCAUUUGAGUUCGAGCUUGUACGGGAUUGCGGAGAAGGCAGCCGUUAUGAUUAGAGAGGACCAAGUUUGA